AUGAAAGUGAUUAUUAAUGGUGCUACCUUCAACCAGAACCCAAAGCACAAUUCUCCAAUUCCUCUUUACAAGGAAGUAUCCAGAUGGGACCCUGAAUCCAAAGCCAAAAUCAAACUGAAGAUGCGACACAGCCCUCAAAACGCAACACCAAACUACGACAAGGAAUUCACCCCUUGGGAUGGUGAUACAGUAGAAGAUUACUGCCAAUUCAGAUUCACUUGGAACGAAAUCAAAAUUGGACAAAACUUGAAUGCUGCUCAAAAGCACCAAGUAAUUCAAUCUGCUAUCUCCGGUCAAGCAACAGAAAAUUUGAUAGAACUCAGUGAAGAUUCUCAGAAAUUCUUCCUUUGUCAGCCUGAUAUGCUUCAAGUUUGA